AUGUCGAACCGCUAUUCGAUGUUCUCGACCACCUCGAGCCCUGGUCUACCGAAGUCGGCUUCUCAAAUAUCUACGACGACCUUGCUUAAUUCGCUCCACAACGCAUAUUCGACAUCUCAACCAUAUUCACUGGAAGUUGGGACAAGCCUGGUGGUAAACACAUGGCUCACCGUAUCAAAUUUAAAUCCGGAUGGCACUCCGGGGGGUAUCGUUGAUCCCCAGCUGGGCCAGAGAGCUUGGGAACACGCACGACGCAGAGCAGAGGACGGCUGUAUUGUGCUAGGAUCCCUUCAUCGAUCGUGCCCUAGCUUACUUCCUUCGUUCCUUUCUUCCUUACCACUGUCGACUCCUGAGGUAUUAUACGCCUCUCUUAAUGCUAUUCGUCCGUUCGUCACCGCAGUCACGCCUUUCAACCCCUCGUAUUCUCUAUACUCGUCCUUGGCAGUUUCCUAUACCUUCACUCUCGGUGGUAACGUCACUGGCUUGACACUAGCAUUAUCCAAGUCAGGGCUCAAUCUUACAAGGGGCUUGCUAGACGUGCCCGCUGAACCUGGUUACCGUGCUUUCGAUGUCUUCUAUUAUCUGAUCAAUGCGACGUCUAGCCAAGCGGAGAAAGAAUACCUUGACUUGAAAGCACCUUCGACCUAUUCAAUUUUGAACAAGUCCGGAACCUACGACCCGCCUUCCUUUUUACCUACUGCAGAUGAUGCUGCGGCCGCCGAAGACUUUCGAUCUGCUCUCAAAGCAAUUGGCAUCAAGGGUGCCGCACAAAGAAGCCUCCUGUCAGUCUUGGCGGGUCUUCUCAAAUUGGGAAAUACCUUGGGAUUUCUGGUCGAUGAAGAAGAUCUCGAGCAAGUUUGUGAAGAAGCAGCUGAGCUUCUGGGCGUAGAUCCGGAAGCCUUGCUUCACGGCUGCUCUACUGAUGACCGCACAGUUCUCGUCACAGGCAUCUAUGAGGCCUUGGUCGAUUGGGUCAUAUCCAAAGCUAAUGAAGCAAUCGCCGCGCAAAUAAAAGCUGACCAGGAAAACGAAUCAAGUGAUGGAUCCGGUGCUCCGUGGAACUCAGAAGACGCUUCAGAUACAGUGAAUAUUACUGUUAUUGAUAUUCCAAGCCCACCUCUUGGCAAGGCUGUUGCCCUUCAGGGUAUCUUCAAUGAUGGACAGGGUAUCAACGCUGAGAUGAAAGAGGAUGGUGUCGAGAUCGUCAGCCCCGGUCAGUCUGUCAUAAAUGAGAUGAAACACGCUGUCACUGAGGUCGAAGCUGAUCUCGGAAUUACCGAAAGCGCUACCUUCCGUGAGCGUGAACAUUUACACGAUAAGAGGCAGGCCGUUCUAGAAAAGGUCGGUGUCGAGGUGGAGAUUGGCGGCUUCCUUAGGGAUAUCCUUUUCCCAGAUCCGAACGAAGGUAUAACCCUCGGUAAACACGGCCGCUUUGACCUCGCUGCAACUCUAGGUAGUAGUAGAGUAUGGUAUCAUCUUGCUAUUCAUCCUACAGAUGAUACACCCGAGGCUUUUGCAGCAUCGCCCGCCACGAUGUCUCCAUGGUCCGCCGGUGCCGUUUCUCGUCAACUGCGGGAGUGGCGACUGCCCGAAUGGGCAAAUAGACGACAUAAGCAUCUCGAUUUCACUGCAGACUUUGACGUCGACGAGUUUGUGAACCGGUAUGCGCCUCUAGGUUGCAAGGAAGGAAAGGAUGGCGUCGAAAGCUGGAUCCUUGAGAGAGGUUGGAGUAAUGGAGACGUUGUUGUUGGAAAGGAACGGAUCUGGAUGCGGGAAAGUGCCUGGUGGGAAGCCGAGUCAAUGCUGGAUCUCAAACCUCAUGGUGAUAUGCCUGUUAACCCUUUCGAGAGUGGCUACUCUGCCACACCCCCGAAUCCGAAUGGGUCAGGAUUCUUUCCUGCAAUCCCCGUUGCAGACACUGGCAGUUUCAUAGCUAGUCGAGAAAAUCUUCUCAACGCCAAUAGACAGAGCACAUUGUCUCCUGGCCUAGCUCGCUCAAUUGCUCCAACUAAUAACCAGACUAUACAUUCUAUGGGCGGCGAUUAUGGGCUGGGAUCAAAGGGUGAUGACUACAAAGGCGACGACGCUUAUUAUCAAGCUGAAUUGAAUCGUCUCGCGGGCGAUGAUGAAAUUGGCCAGCGCAAGCACAUCGAGAAGAAAAAGAUAACUACGGGCAGACGUCUCUGGACUGGCUUUGUGUGGGCAUGUACUUUCUGGAUCCCAUCAUUCCUUCUACGGUACAUUGGCCGCAUGAAGCGGCCAGACAUUCGUAUGGCAUGGCGAGAGAAAGUCGUACUUGUAGCUCUCAUACUUUUCUUCAAUGCGGUAAUGGUUUUCUGGAUCGUUGAAUUCGGCACUUUACUCUGUCCCAACAAGAACAAAGUUUGGAACGAGAAAGAACUAAGCUAUCACCAAGGUGAUAAUGAUUUCUACGUCGGUGUUCGUGGCUCGGUCUAUGAUAUCAGCAAAUUCUGGCGAACACAGCACAGUGACACUGCUAUAAAGACUAGUGCUUCGAAUAUGCAGUGGUCUGCAGGGCUAAUCUUAGAUCCUUAUUUCCCGGUUCCUUUGACUCAAGGCUGUGCAGCGUUUGUGUCGGAUACCUCCGUGGCUCUACAGCUCAACAACUCCAACGCUGCAUCUCAAACAAAUGCCAUGCACACUAGCGGACCUCUAAGUCCAUACACCACCUCUGCAUUGCACAAUAUCACUUGGUAUGCCGACACUUUUCUCCCCUUCAUGCGCCAAUUCUACAAGGGGGACCUUGUGUGGACAAGGGACAAAGUAACCGAGCAGGCAAACAAUGACGCAAGAAACUGGGUGAUUAUCAACAAUGGGAUAUAUGAUUUGACCGACUAUUUUUACACCGCCAACUUGUUGACUGGUUCCAAAUACGACUUUCUGCCUAGUGCCGUGACAACUCUGAUCAAACAAAACGUGGGCUCAGAUAUUACCAGCAAGUGGCAGAACUCAGUCGAGUUUCAAAAUGCCCUUAAUUGCAUGAAGAAUGUUUUCUAUGUCGGAAAGGUGGAUUUCCGGCAGUCGGCAAAGUGUACAGUCAACAACUGGAUUCUGUUAGCAUUUACAAUCGUCGUUUGCUCCGUUAUUCUAGUGAAAUUCUUGUCUGCACUUCAAUUCGGCUCGAAGCCUCGCCCGGCCCCUCAAGACAAGUUUGUCAUCUGCCAGGUUCCGGCGUACACAGAGGGCGAAGAUCAGCUUCGGAAAGGUCUGGACUCGCUCACAGCUCUUCAGUACGAUAACAAGAGAAAACUCAUCUGUGUCGUCUGUGACGGAAUGAUUGUGGGAGGUGGAAACGAUAGGCCCACUCCAAAGAUUGUGCUUGACAUCCUCGGUGUAGACCCAAAGGUCGACCCACCGGCUCUACCAUUCAGAUCUGUUGGCCAAGGAAGCGACCAAUUGAACUACGGCAAGGUCUACUCGGGUUUGUAUGAAUUUGAAGGCAAUGUUGUCCCCUACAUCGUUAUUGUCAAAGUUGGAAAGGAAUCAGAGCAAUCAAAGUCCAAGCCAGGAAAUCGUGGAAAGCGUGAUUCCCAAGUCCUUUUACUCAACUUCCUCAACCGCGUGCAUCAUAGAGCACCGAUGUCGCCACUGGAAUUGGAAAUCUUCCAUCAGAUAAACAACGUGAUCGGUGUCGAUCCUGAGCUGUACGAGUUCCUAUUCAUGGUCGACGCUGAUACUAGUGUUAAAGAAGAUUCCCUUAACCGACUUGUUGCUGCUUGUGCCAACGACGCGCGAAUUGCUGGUAUAUGCGGUGAAACUAGUCUGCAGAAUGAGGAACGAAGUUGGUGGACAAUGAUUCAAGUUUACGAAUACUACAUUUCCCACCAUCUCUCUAAAGCUUUUGAAUCCAUCUUUGGCAGUGUCACUUGUCUUCCCGGAUGUUUCUGCAUGUACCGCCUACGAACAGCUGAUAAAGGGCGACCGUUGAUCAUAUCUGAUAAAGUUAUUAAGGAGUAUUCUGAUGGCGACCUUGACACCUUGCAUAAGAAGAACCUCUUGGCCCUAGGAGAGGAUCGUUUCCUUACGACGCUCAUGGCAAAGCAUUUCCCUACCAUGUCUUACAAGUUUAUUGCCGAUGCCUAUGCCAGCACUGCUGCUCCAGAAACAUGGAGCGUUCUUGUAUCCCAAAGGCGUCGCUGGAUCAACUCGACUAUACACAACCUGGUAGAGUUGGCUGCCCUUAAGGAUCUGUGCGGUUUCUGCUGUUUCAGUAUGCGUUUCGUUGUCUUGAUCGAUCUCUUGGGUACGAUCAUCCUACCUGCCACAUGCGCAUACUUGAUUUACCUCAUUUAUCUGGCUGCCACGAACAAGGGAAAUUUCGGUAUUAUCUCCAUUGUCAUGUUGGCUGCUGUUUACGGCCUUCAGGCUAUCAUCUUCAUUCUUAAACGGCAAUGGCAACACAUUGGCUGGAUGAUCAUUUACCUGUGUGCCUUCCCAAUAUACUCGGUUGUGUUACCCCUCUAUUCAUUUUGGAAACAGGAUGAUUUCACGUGGGGAAACACACGUGUUGUUAUCGGAGAGAAAGGCGAUCAACGUGUGGUGGCUGUUGAAGACGAGGUCUUUGACCCUAGAAGCAUCCCACUUCAACGAUGGGAUGACUACGCCCUUGCUAACAACCUGCCUGGUCGACGGGGUAACGUCGAAUACGGAGAGGAGAAGCAACCUAUGUAUUAUACUGAUGAUGCGGCAAUGGAGAUGGAUGAUUUCCGUUCUACGUAUUCGUCAGUCAAGCCAGCAUCCACUAUCUUGACAGGUUUCCCUGGUGGCCGUGGUUCGUACAUGCCUCCUCAGUCCCCUGCUGCAUUUGGUGGAAACAAUAAUCGCAACUCGCGGAUGUCCUCUUUCACCCGAUACACGGAUGCUCCUCAACUUGGUGGUCACGCACAGCGCCAUAUGUCCAUGGGCAACAUGAGUAGCUAUCAGGACAACCCGAUGAAUGCAAGCAGGUUAAGCAUGCCCAUGAUGCAAAGUACCGACAAUCUCCUGGGUGUGCCGGGUCGUCAGCGAAGCCCCCUUGGUGGCUACGGCUCUCGGCCUGUAAGCACCGUGAUGGAUUUCCGAACUGGGCCCGGUCAUGGACCUGAUGAUCAUACGAUCGUGGAGGCCAUCCGUCAGGUCCUAGCUGAAGUUGAUCUUGAUAACGUUACGAAGAAGCAAGUGAGGGCUCUUGUCGAACAACGGCUUCAGACCGAAUUGGUCGGCGAGCGACGCACCUUUAUCGAUUCGCAAAUCGAUCAAGAACUUGCCAACAUGUGAUUUGCAUUCGGGUUUGACUUUUUUUCGUCAUUUAUUUCUCCCAUUGUGUAAUAAGAUUUUCUUAGCGAGUCGAUAUUUGAGGCUGGAAGCAAAACACGGCGUUUAAUUUGUUCAUUUUCCUCCUGACAUACUAUAUGGCCACUCUGAAUGGAUCUAAUCAUGGCUUGCUGGUGCCUUAUCCAAGCAUCUUUUGUUGUCAACGUGCUUUUUCAGUCGUUUGGGCGUCCGACGUAUGAUUUUUCGAUACAUGUAUCAUGGCUAAAUUUUCUUUGCAUAGACGGUGGAAUCAAUGCUUUUCGGUUAGC